UGUGGAAAGACCUUUGCUUGGAGCAGUAGUCUUAGAAGCCACACAAAGAUCCACUCAGGGGAGAAACCGUAUAAAUGCAUGGAGUGUGGAAAGACAUUUACUCGUGGCAAUGAUCUUAAAAAGCACAAAAAAAUCCACACAGGGGAGAAGCCGUAUAAAUGCAUGGAGUGUGCAAAGACGUUUACUCAUGGUAGUGGACUUAGAAGCCACAAAAAGAUCCACUCAGGAGAGAAACCAUUUAAAUGCAUGGAGUGUGGAAAGUCCUUUGCUCAUAGACAUAAACUUACUGCCCAUAAGAUGAUCCACACAGGGGAGAAACCAUUUAAAUGCAUGGAGUGUGGAAAGACGUUUGCUCAAAGAUGUCAACUUAUUUCCCAUAAGAUGAUCCACACUGGGGAGAAGCCGUAUAAAUGCAUGGAGUGUGGAAAGACGUUUACUCAUGGUAGUGGACUUAGAAGCCACAAGAAGAUCCACACAGGGGAGAAGCCAUAUAAAUGCAUGGAGUGUGGAAAGACGUUUACUCAUGGUAGUGGACUUAGAAGCCACAAGAAGAUCCACACAGGAGAGAAACCAUUUAAAUGCAUGGAGUGUGGAAAGUCCUUUGCUCAUAGACAUAAUCUAACUGCCCAUAAGAUGAUCCACACAGGGGAGAAACCAUUUAAAUGCAUGGAGUGUG